UUCCGUUCAACUUGGUUUUGCACUAACUUUUGUUACGUAUUAAUUGCGAUUUGAAUCUUCCACGUCCAUUGUCAACAAACGUAGAUUCAUCACACGUCUUCCCCUUCUCCUAUCUUCUUAAAAGCAAAGCACCACUUGAUUCAAAACCACUUUCCUCUCAAACCUCGCAACCAUGUUCCGUCUCAGAGCUCCCGGCAAGAAACCCAUUACCAUCUCCACCACAACAACUUCAACCUCCGCCUCAAACUUCCUCUACUGGUCACCAGAAUCCUCCCCCACCACCAUAUCCUCUCCAACCCUUAUGGAUCCGACCAUUUGGUCCAAUCUACCACACCACAUCCUCGACCACAUCCUCUCUUUUCUCCCUUUCAAAACCCUCGUCACCCUCCGAACAACAUCUAAACACAUCCGAUCUCUAAUCCUCUCUCCAACUUUCCUCUCCGACCACUCCUUCUCCCUCCCUUCUUUCCUCCUCCUCUCUCACCCUCAGGCUUUUCAGUCUUUCCCUCUCUUCGACCCUAACCUCCACUCCUGGCGCACGUUACCACUCCCUCGCUCCCUCUCGCUAACCUACGCCGCGUCCCUCCUCUCUUCCUCCCACGGUCUCCUCUGCUUCUCCCUCUCCCCUUCCUCCGCUUCUUCCCUCUCCGUCUUCAACCCUUUAACCAGAUCCUCCAGAUCUAUUAAAUUCCCGUUUUACCCUUUCCCCUUCGAGCUUCUCUCCCUCGUCGCUUCCCCCGAUAGCUACCGGAUCUUCACCAUCUCCUCCUCUUCCUCGGCCUCGAGGUCAGUUUAUCUCUACGAUUCCGGCGACCGGUCGUGGAGAAAAUUCGGCGGCGUUGACCAAGUCUUACCUCGUGGGUUUAAUCAAGAUGGAGUCUUUUACAAUGGGUCACUGUACUUCGUCAGAUCAGAGCCUUUUCUCCUCGUGAGCGUCAAUCUCGACGACGGAAAAUGGAAAACCACCGCCGGAGACGGAGUCUUUCCGGCGGAGGAUGAGAUCACGUUCGCUAGAUUAGUCAGUGAUCCCGAGAGGAAGAUUCUUUACAUGGUGGGAGGCGUUGGAAGCAACGGGAUUUGCAGGAGCAUCAAGAUUUUUGAAUUUAAAGAGGAAACUGAGAAUUGGACCGAAGCUGAAACACUUCCCGACAUUGUUUGUCGGAAAUUUACUUCGGUUUGUUAUCAUAACUACGAGCAUGUGUACUGUCUUUGGCACAAGGAGAUGAUCUGUGUUUGUUGCUAUAAUUGGCCUGAGAUUCUCUUCUUUCAUGUUGGGAGAAGGACGUGGCAUUGGGUUCCGAAGUGUCCUUCGUUGCCGGAGAAAUGGAGCUGUGGGUUUCGCUGGUUCUCUCUCGUCCCGAGCUUGUCUGCUUCUGUUUAGUUAAAUAUCGGUCCUCAUUAUUUUUGUCAGUAUUUUCUGUUAUUUUCUCUAUUUUAAAUCUCCUUAUUUUUUCUGUUUUGAUCUUCUGUGAAAUAAAGGUGUGUAAUUUUAGGCAUUGUUUCUUUCAUCAUCAAUUAUCAGUGUCCAUUUUUAAAAUAAAACCAAGAUUUCUGAAAACAUUUUAGAGCAUCCUCACCGCUAAAAUCUAUUAAAAAGAUAUUUUUUAACAAUUAUCAAUGUCCA